AUGACGAGAGUGUGUGGGGAGGAGAACUGGGUGGACAGUCGGACAGUAUACAUCGGACAUAAAGAACCCCCUCCGGGAGCUGAGGGUUACAUCCCUCAGCGUUACCCCGACAACCGCAUCAUCUCCUCCAAGUAUACUUUCUGGAACUUCAUUCCCAAGAACCUGUUCGAACAGUUCAGAAGAGUCGCCAACUUCUACUUCUUGGUCAUAUUUCUGGUCCAGCUCAUCAUCGACACGCCAACCAGUCCGAUCACCAGCGGCCUGCCGCUCUUCUUUGUCAUCACAGUCACCGCCAUAAAGCAGGGCUAUGAGGAUUGGCUCCGACAUAAAGCAGACUGCUCCGUAAACGAGAGUCCGGUGGACGUGGUGCAGCAGGGGAAGGCGGUGAGGACGCAGAGUCACAAACUGCGGGUCGGAGAUGUCGUCAUGGUGAGGGAGGAUGAGACUUUUCUCUGCGACCUCAUACUGCUCUCCUCCAGCCGCCGUGAUGGGACCUGCUACGUUACCACCGCCAGCCUGGACGGGGAGUCCAGUCACAAGACCUAUUAUGCUGUACCAGAUACCAUGGCCUUUAGAACGGAGCAGGAGGUGGGUUCGCUACAUGCCACUAUUGAAUGUGAGCAACCUCAGCCUGACCUCUACAAAUUUGUUGGGCGCAUUAAUAUUUACAAAGACAAAGAAGAGCCUGUGGCAAGAACCCUUGGGGCUGAGAACUUGCUCCUUAGAGGAGCCACUCUGAAGAAUACACAAUAUAUUUACGCUGUUGCAGUUUACACUGGAAUGGAGACCAAGAUGGCACUUAACUACCAGUCUAAAUCCCAAAAGCGCUCUGCUGUGGAAAAGUCGAUGAACGCUUUUCUGGUAAUGUACCUGGGCAUCUUGAUCAGUAAAGCAGUAAUCAAUACUGUCCUGAAAUACGCUUGGCAGUGGUCUCCUGACCGAGACGAGCCAUGGUACAACCACAGGACUGAGAAUGAGCACCAACGCCACGUGGUGAUCCGGGCAUUCACGGACUUCCUGGCCUUCAUGGUCUUGUUUAAUUACAUCAUCCCAGUGUCAAUGUAUGUGACGGUGGAGAUGCAGAAAUUCCUGGGCUCUUACUUCAUCACAUGGGAUGAGGAGAUGUUUGACGAGCAGCUUGGAGAAGGGGCACAGGUCAAUACCUCUGACCUAAAUGAAGAGCUGGGACAGGUGGAGUACGUAUUCACUGAUAAAACAGGCACUCUGACUGAGAACAACAUGGAGUUUAUUGAAUGUUGUGUGGACGGAAACGUCUACAUUCCUCACGCCAUCUGUAAUGGACAAAUCCUCAGUGCUGCCUCCAGUAUAGACAUGAUUGACUCCUCACCUGGAGGAUACAGGAGGGAACACGAGGACUUGUUCUUCCGGGCGCUUUGUCUGUGCCACACUGUGCAGGUGAAGGAGGAGGAGACAGUGGAUGGCAUCAAGAGAGGCAUCCAUCAGGGCAGACCCACAUCCUUCUACAUCUCCUCCUCUCCUGAUGGUGCUUUGGUGGAGGGAAUGAAGAGAUUGGGUUAUACCUAUCUGAGACUCAAGGACAACUACAUGGAGAUUCUCAACAAAGAUGAUGAGAUUGAGAGGUUUGAGCUGCUCCAUGUGCUAAACUUUGACUCUGUCAGAAGAAGAAUGAGCGUCAUAGUGAGGUCAAGCUCAGGAGAAUACCUGUUAUUUUGCAAGGGGGCAGACUCGUCCAUUUUCCCACGAGUGGUUUCUGGAAAGGUGGAACAGGUGAAAGCUCAUGUGGAGCAGAACGCCGUUGAGGGUUUGCGGACUCUGUGCGUUGCCUAUCGAAGUCUGUCACAGCCAGAAUAUGAGGAGGCAUGUCAUCACCUGACUGAAGCCAAGCUGGCCCUGCAGGACAGGGAGCAAAGGCUGGCACAGGCCUAUGACAUCAUCGAGAGGGAUUUUGUGCUUUUAGGAGCAACGGCCGUGGAGGACAGGCUACAGGAGAAAGCUGCAGACACCAUUGAGUCUCUCCACAAGGCCGGGAUGAAAGUAUGGGUGCUGACGGGGGACAAGAUGGAGACCGCAGCGGCCACCUGUUAUGCUAGCAAACUGUUCCGUCGCAGCACCCAGAUUCUGGAGCUCACCAAAAAACGCACAGAAGAGCAGAGCCUGCAUGAUGUUCUGUUUGAAUUAAACAGGACAGUUCUCAGACAGCGCUCUGUUUCUGGGUUGUCCGUAGACUGCCUUGACUUCGGUCUGAUCAUCGACGGGGCCACGCUGGCUGCAGUCUUAAAGCCCAACCAAGAAGGUGCUGCCCAUGGCAACUACAGAGAGAUUUUUCUAGAAAUCUGUCGCAACUGUAGCGCAGUGCUCUGCUGUCGCAUGGCACCUUUGCAGAAAGCGCAGAUUGUGAAACUCAUCAAAGCUUCUAAGGAGCACCCUAUAACUCUGGCCAUCGGUGAUGGAGCCAAUGAUGUUAGCAUGAUCCUAGAGGCGCACGUGGGCAUAGGCAUCAUGGGUAAAGAAGGCCAACAGGCAGCAAGAAACAGUGACUAUGCCAUCCCGAAAUUCAAACAUCUGAAGAAGAUACUCCUUGUUCACGGCCAUUACUACUACAUCCGUAUUGCUGAGCUUGUUCAGUACUUUUUCUACAAGAAUGUAUGCUUCAUCUUCCCUCAGUUCCUGUAUCAGUUUUUCUGUGGGUUCUCCCAGCAGCCUCUGUACGACACGGCCUAUUUAACGUUGUACAACAUCAGCUUCACUUCGCUCCCCAUCCUCCUCUACAGUCUGGUUGAACAGCACGUCACCGUGGAGACACUCAAAAGGGACCCCUCCUUGUACAGGGACAUAGCGAAGAACUCUCUCCUCCGCUGGCCUGUCUUCCUGUAUUGGACGUGCCUGGGUGUAUUUGAUGCCGUUGUCUUCUUCUUUGGUGCCUAUUUUCUCUUUGACAACACCACCUUCACCAGCAAUGGCCAACUUAUGACCACCAACACACAGAUGAUGUUUGGAAACUGGACUUUCGGGAGUCUUGUCUUCACUGUGCUGGUGUUCACUGUAACGCUUAAGCUUGCUUUGGACACACACCACUGGACAUGGAUCAAUCACUUUGUCAUCUGGGGGUCGCUGCUUUUCUAUGUCAUUUUCUCACUUCUCUGGGGAGGCAUCAUUUGGCCCUUUUUGAACUACCAGAGGAUGUACUACGUCUUUAUGCAGAUGCUGUCUAGUGGUCCAGCGUGGCUCAGCAUUAUCUUGCUGAUCGCGGUCAGCCUGCUGCCAGAUGUCAUCAAAAAGAUCAUGUGCAGGGCCGUAUGUCCCACAGCCACUGAACGUGCACAGGACCAGGAGAAGUUAGCGCAGUGCGGCGUGGCUGAGUUGACUCCACUGUCCUCUCGCCGGUUCUACAAAGGCAGGAGCACGGACUCUUCUCGUCUCCACCUCGGCGCCGCAGAGACGCUGUCCCUCCACAGGUCUGAUCCCCUUCCCCACAAACUACUUGCCCACAUUGCAGAGCGGGGAGGGGCAGACUUAUCGUCUCUCACCCCGUACAUACUCCGUCUUUCGGGGGCAGGGUUUGCCUACUAUGCUCCAGGGCCAGAGACAUCUGUGUGAGACGUCAACCCAGACUCUGAAACUUUAUGUAUGCGAGUCUCACAACCUGAACCUUAUAUCCCAAGAUGUGUGACCAAGAUCUGCAUCUCAAGACUCAAGGAUUUAUAAAACAAAUCAUCCUCACUGAAAGCGCGGCGCCUCCAUGCCGAGUUCACCAUGUGCAUUUUCUGGAUUUCUCCUGAGUUGUUAACCCUUUAGAAAUGAUCACCAUGGUCUUCCAUCUGUUCUUCUGUUUUUGUUUUGAUGGGGGGGUCACACUAGGGAUUGGCUGAGCAAAUUUUAUUCCCAUGAUGUAACAGAAAAGGUGGAGCUGUGGUGCCAAAAUUAAUAUUUAAAUAUCUGAUGUUGCAACACAUUAUUUAUGAGAACCACUGACAAAGUACAGCACAUAUUAGAAUAUUUUUUGUAUGAAAACUAGCCAAGCUAGCUGGCUUAGUGAGCCAGCGUAAAGCGUGUGCUUGGUUUUCUAGCUAUCUAGCCCAGUGUAGUCGCUACCCAAGUAAUACCGACACUGGGCUGGCUAUUACCUGGGUCCCUAAUUUGGUCCCAAUAAACUAACACUUAAUUUAGAGGAAUAUAUGUUCCAGUUUUAUCUUACACCUGAACUAUGUUGAUCUUUUUUUUAACAGUUUCUGCUGCAGGAAAUGAAAAUUAUUAUGCGACUGUGCUCACUAAAAAGAUGGGUACCUCUAUUUUGGACAUUUGUAUUCUCUUUUGCAAAGAACAAGCAAUAUUGUGUAGGCUGGUGAUUGUCAAAGCGAAUCUUUGACCAUAAUCCAGCAUGGAAAAUAGGAAAGUAAAUCCAGUGUAGACCGUGAUGCCCAUUGGUGCUGGUGCUUAUCUCCGGAUUCUGUACCAUGGGUGGCUGAGAGUCUACAACUCCCCCUAGAUGAAACACCCAUCCGAUGCAGCUUACUUCUUCAGCACUGGCCGGUACCCGUUUGCAGCUGGGUUGACCUAGACAAUCCAGAUGAAGUGUCUUGUCCAAGGACAUGAUUAGUUUUACUGGAAAUCAAACCCAGGUCUACAUAUUAAUUAGCCCAACUCUUUAUCACACUGAGCUACUUGCUCUAUGCUGUGGCAGAUAGAUGGCUAUUUACCAGGGGUGCGGCUGAACCUUUUGUUUGUUGAAUGGUUCCUAUUCAGGACCUGGGACAGUUCCACCUAACCUGGCCUUUUAUCUUCAAAGGACUGUGUGUUAUUUUGAUUUAUAACAGUGCAGCAGUGCUCCCACUGGGAAGAUCCCCUGUUCAAUAAAACUUGUGCCAAAUCAACAUGCGGAUCCAAAAAUGGGAGCAGCCAAAGAAACCCACUAACAAAACAGACAAAGAUAAGAGUGAGGUUCACCUGAGGUGCAUGUGGUUGAGCACCACAUUACACAUUUUAGCCAGCAGCCUAUGCGUUAUGAGGUCAAACGCCACUGGGAAUUAGUUUGAGGUUGACAGUUUUUUAUUUUCUCUUCAUGGGCAAAUCCAUGGAUUAGUAAAUUACGAUGAUGUGAAUUCAAAUUUUCUUAUAACUUUUAUAGCCAAAAACGCUAGUGUGACCGCCUGUUCCAUGUUUAAUCUCAUCAAAGCUCCUUUCCCAAGUCUUUGUGAAAAUACUUGAAAAGUGUGACACAAAAGAAGGAACGAGCAACGCUUCUUGCAUGGUGGAAUGGUUCCCUUUUAACUCGUCUGUGAUUGGGCCUCUUUGUUUUCCUCGUCUGGACUUUCGUUUGUUUUUUAAUUGUUACUUUUCUUGCCUGUUCCUCCACUCAUGUCUUUUUGCUUAUGUGUAAAAUGUGCUUUGUUGAAAAAAAAAAUGUAUGUAUGCAAUCUGGCCAAGUAAGGGGCGUUGUUCAAGCUGCGCCCUGUAGACGUAUGUAUGUGUGAGUGCUUGCAUGCAUGUAUCUGCUUGUACUGUAUGUUUGUAUGUGACACACCUUUGCCUUACAGGUAUCACACAGCAGCAGGCUAGGAGCCAAAGGAGACAGGUGUAAAAGCGUGAGCGGUGCAUUUUAAGCCUUACACACCCGUCAGUCAAUGUAUGGAAACUGAGACGGUCUGAAGAGGGAUGUGCAGUAUUCUAGCCGCCCUGCCUUAAUUCACGGAUUCCCAGUUUCAGUGAGUUGCAUUUUGAGGUCACUUUAAAGAUGUCUGUAUGGUACAGUGUGUCAGUUUUUCUCUUUUGCUGCCACUACUCCCGUGUCUAGUUUUGUUUUUCAUCUUAUUGGCCAGGAAAGCAUGUCCAGUCUGUGCAUUGCAUGUAGGUUUCUUCUUCUCCUACUUCUUCCUGGGACUCCCGGACAUCAUUCACCAGCCACAUUUUCUUUAUCCUGAGCACACUGUACCCACUCCUACCCCCGUGUGGCUGUGUGGGUAACUGCAACCUUGUGCCUACACAGGAGCUAACUCUCGGGAGUGUUCUAAACCAGCAGCCCACAACUGAUCUUUAUUACCUGAUGUCCUAAAUGACUCGCUGUCAUCGUUGCAUAGUGCUUGCGGUGUUUGCUGCCAUGCUCGGUGUUAUGCAAAAAAUGUAGGAUCUGUAAGAAUGUCGGUAUCAUGUUGUCAUGUUCUAACGGUUUCUCUGCGUUACAUUAACUCAUGAGUUUUUGAUAUUGUUAUUGAUGGCGGUCACUGUUGGUGUAUGGAUAUACGUUAACUUUUCCAUGUUUAGUGUUCUGAGGAGUGUUGUAGUCUGCCGGGAGUAGGAAGGAGACUUGAAUAGGCGACAUCACAAUCAAAGCGGUGGAAUGUCGAACCGAUUUGUCUAUCAUGUCCUCCAGCUGAAGAUUGUAGCUCCUUAUGGAUAAACCUCUUUUCUACAUUUCUACCAUCUGACGUUCUCUUUGUCCAAACUUUAUCUGUUGCAUUAACACACUAAAGUCUGUAAGGUGUUGAAAGUCACAUUCUGGAGCAUGGUGUUACAUGGUUUUUAUUUUCAAUGCAAUGCCUUCUUACGAUUAUGGGAAGAGUUUAAGAUUGAAUUCGAUAUGAAUGCAAGAAAAAUAUGUAGAAAUGUUUUUUUUUGCUACCAUAUUUUGGGGACUUAUAGAUUCAACCAGAGGAUUAGUCACAUCUGUCCAAAAAUGCUUCAGAAGAGGAAAAAAAAAGUAAGUCCUAUUGGCCUAUAAGUUAUAUUUUGUUUUAGAACGUGGCGUUAUUGCUUUAUGCAACAAGAAUCAAAAUUAAUUUUAGGGCAUUAUGUAUUUACAAUUCAAACACCUAAUGAGUAGAAAGUAAUGGGUUGUUAUUGCAUGAAGCAGAAAGAACUCAAGUAAACCCUUUCUUCUCUCCACUGAACAGUAUGCUACAAGUACACACAUUUACAUCUCUAAAUCUAGUUGAAUGUGUUAAAAGUCUAUAUAUAUUU